AUGUUGCAUGGCUCUGAAGAAAUAAAGGCGCAGCUGUGUCGAGAUGAUGUCGCUAAAAGCUGGUACGAUCGAGAGCUGGAGCAGCUGAUGGUGGGAUAUGCGGAGAAGAACGACGAGGAAAUGACACGCGAUGUAGACGAACUGUCGAUCCUUUUCGAGGGUCUUGUGGAUGGAUCAGACAUUCCGCUACCUUGUGAUGCUCUGGACGGAACCUGGAUCGAAAGCUUGGACGACAGUGUGGUGGACGUGAACGAUCUAUCAUCUGCGUAUGAAGUGCUAAAGGGAGAGGCAGAGGUGGCAGCGGUCUCUGACUCUGAUGACGACGACGAAGAUGAAGAUGAAGACGAAGUUGUGAGAACGGAAGAGUUGGUGGAGAUUAGCGACAAUGUCGUGGACAUCUCCAACACCCAGAUCAUCCCUUCUACCCCUGUUUGGGCGACGAUGGCUCCGCUGGACCCUCGGUCCUGCAUCCGUACACCAGUGUUCCCGAAUCUGGAUUCGCGUAUUCCGAUCAUCCAAGUGCCUCGAAUCGACUUGUCUUUUUCGGCCAACCGCGUAGUUAUGCUGGCUGCAGGUGCCGUGAACGUCGGACGGCUCGAGCAGUCUAUGUCCCCGCAGAAGGAGAAAGUCAAGAUGGCAAAGUACGCUCACGACUCCAAGACGUGCUGGGUGUGCAAGAGUUCCAAGACAGCGGAGCAAAAACGUGCACUGCACCGGUAUCACGAAAAGCGGACGCGUCGCAACUGGAAACGGGGUCCUCGGUAUUCUGGCCGUAGUAGCGUGGCAUCGUCACGUGUGCGCAAUAGCGGACGGUUUACGUGCGCAACGCGGUGGAUCUGA